AACUAAUUUGAUUAUGCACAUCAGCAAGUCACUUGAUAACAACAGCCAAUAUAAAGUCGCAGUGGAUCUGAAUGUAUUUAAACUACAAUUUUGCGUUGUAGAUAGUGUUAUACCACAGAAAAUCGAUAUUGGAGUGUGUAACGGCCCUUUCCGACCAAAGAUAUUCAUACACACAGAUCAUAAAGAUAUGUUUAAAUCAGAGCUUUGGAAUUCCCAAGACAGAUAUUUUUUCUACUUAAUAGCAUUUGAAAACAAAGGAGUAUGGAUCAACAUGAGGCACCAGUAUCACCCAGAAAAAGGCCUCGAACAAGUCGUACCAAAGCCGAGUUGGCUGCUAAUGGGGUGACGUUUUUGUCUGUCAACAUGGUUGGUUUCUUCGUACACAGACUAGUAGAACAUGGACAAAGGAAGGCCUUUCUCGACACCCGUAACUGUAUUAACGCCAGGUUGGAAAUGGAGGACGAGAACGAAAAACUGGAACGCCUACUUUUAAGCGUGUUACCACAACAUGUUGCUAUGGAAAUGAAAGAAGACAUUAUUUCACCGCGAGAGGGCCAGUUUCACAAGAUUUACAUUCAACGAUAUGACAACGUUAGCAUCAUGUUUGCUGACAUAGUUGGGUUCACAGUGUUGGCCUCCCAGUGUACAGCGCAAGAACUAGUUAGAUUGUUGAAUGAACUGUUCGGAAGGUUUGAUCAACUAGCUAAUGACAACCACUGUCUUCGAAUCAAGAUUCUUGGAGACUGUUACUACUGUGUUAGUGGUCUUCCAGAAGCUCGGUCAGAUCACGCCCUCUGUGCUGUUGAGAUGGGUCUGGACAUGAUAGAUUCAAUAACAUCAGUUGUGGAGGCCACAGAGGUCCAGUUGAACAUGAGGGUCGGCAUUCACACUGGGAGGGUUCUCUGUGGGGUUCUGGGUUUACGCAAGUGGCAGUAUGAUGUGUGGAGUAAUGAUGUCACAUUAGCUAAUAACGUGGAGGCGAGUGGAGAGUCAGGACGUGUACACAUCUCUCAAGCAACUCUGGAUUUUCUUCACGGAGAGUAUAAAGUUGAACCAGGUCGUGGGGCAGAUAGAAAUGCUUACCUGAGAGAACACCAUGUCAAAACAUACUUUAUUGUUCCUCCUGCCCAGAGGAGGAAGCCUCUGCUGUUCAACACACUUCAGGCGUGCCACCUAGGAGGCUCCUCUCAUCGGAAGAUGUCCUUUAGGAAUGUAUCUAAUGUGGUUGUCCAGCUACUUCAUUCUAUAAAGUACAGUAUGGAUGUUCCAUUUUCCAAUAUGGCUGCAAUACCCACCAGUGCUGACAAACAAGGCUCAAAUAAGGGAACAAUGGCAGAUAAAAUAAGAAAACCAUUCAAGAAAAGGCACUCGUCAGUUUAUCAUCAGCCGACAAAUAGGGUCAACAAGUACUUGGCUCAGGCCAUCGAUGCGAGGAGUGUGAACAUGGAGAAGGCUACUCAUGCCAAUGUGGUGACACUUUGUUUCAUAGAUAAACAUAAGGAAAGAGAGUAUCACAAAGAGAAGGAUCAUGGCUCCACGAACAGCAUGGCUUGUGCCUUGGCACUCUUGUUUUGUGUGGGAUGUCUACAGGCUAUUGUGUUACCUCGCACACUUCUCCUAGUGGUCUUGUUUGUGAUAGCCUUUCUGUGGAUAUCGGCUCUCUUUUCUAUGCUGUUGGCUGCUCGAACCAAAUGCAUUUCCUGGGAUAUCAGCCGUAUAUUCCUUCUUCGACUUACCAUGACAAUCAUUACCAUAGUGUUGAUAUAUACUGUUGCUCAAGUUAACGUGUUUUCCUGUUUGAAGGAGCUCACUUGUGUUCCGCUGACAGCAAAUAUCACCCAAAUUUCACUGGCUUCUGACCAUCGAUCUUGUCCGAUACCUCAUUAUAUAUACAUCAGUUGUUGCUUGUCUUUCUUUCCCAUUGUUAUUUUCCUCCGAUUUCCUAUCCUCCUGAAAGGAGCACUGUGUUUGCCCAUGGCAGCUAUUUACCUCCUGGUGAUAGAAUUGACACAUACAUCAGUAUUUGACUGCUAUGACAUGCGUACUGGGUCAGAACUUCCUCUCCACACCAUAGGAGUAGUUGCCAUUGCACACUUUGUGUUGGCAGUUCUGAUUCAGGGACGUCAGGUGGAAUGGACAGCCAGGUUAGACUAUCUCUGGAAUGCACAGGCAGAAGAUGAAAAAUAUGAAAUGGUUCAACUACAGAACAACAACGGUCGUAUUUUAUUUAACUUGCUUCCUUCUCAUGUUGCCACUCAUUUCCUAGACAGUCAAUUUAAGAACAACAUGGACUUGUAUUAUCAAUCUUAUAAUAAAGUUGCUGUCAUGUUUGCUACCAUCCCCAACUUUCAUGAAUUCGACACAGAAAGUGACUCUAGUGAUGAGGGUGUAGAAUGUUUGCGACUCUUGAAUGAGAUCAUUGUAGACUUUGAUAAGUUGUUGAAUGAAGAAAGGUUUCGCAGGAUUGACAAAAUCAAAACGGUAGGAAGCACCUACAUGGCAGCUGCUGGCUUGAUACCUAUGUGCUAUACCUUUGAAGUCAACCAAGUUGUAACUGCUGAGCCAUUAUCUACUCUGGUUGAGCUGGUCUUUUCUAUGAAAGAGAGAUUAGCAGACAUCAACCAUAAUUCAUAUAAUAGUUUCAAGCUACGUGUAGGUAUAAACGUAGGACCAGUAGUAGCUGGGGUGAUUGGUGCUAGGAAACCACAGUAUGAUAUAUGGGGCAACACUGUGAAUGUAGCCAGUCAGAUGGAUAGUACAGGACUCCCAAACCACACACAGGUUACAGAAGAAGUAUUUCAACUCCUGAAGAACUAUCCUUAUGCCUUUCAGUGCCGUGGACGAGUGAAUGUGAAGGGAAAGGGAGAAAUGACCACCUACUUCCUAACAGACAGGAAGCAGACAAAGAAUGUGAUUUCCAGCCGUGAAGGUCGGGGGUUUUCAGAUCUUCCCAUGACUGGUUUAAGUAAUUGUAUUCCUGGAGGAGUGCCUACUCCUCUCAGUUUAGUAGCCCAAAGCCUUCGUCAGGCUGCAGAAAUUGUUAGUUCCCGAGCCACUGGUGGUUCCAGCACUCCACAAACAAGGGCAACACAGCAAAUGGUAGCACAGGAUGUGGAGUUACUUCAUAAUCCAAGACCACGUUGUGACAGCUGGUUAAUGGAAGAACUUCCUGAAUCGAAUUCUCACGAAUCUACUCCUCCAUAUACGCAACCUAAACCCAUCAUUGGUAAUAAAUCAUAUUCUCAGUCUCGACCUCGACCAUCCCACUCUGAAUCACGAGAUUCGAUCCGAAGUUCCCAGAAGCAUGCAUCAUUAAAAAAGGGUGACCCAUGGGAUAGCCUCAGACAACUAGGGUCUAGUGUACCUCCACCUUCUUGUAGCAUACCAGAGACACUGUGUAGCUCUCCAACAAAAAGUUUUUCAAACUUAAGACCAUCAAAAUCUUCCAUAUCUCCUCAGGAAACCCUUGUGUUCCCUCCACCGCCUCUACUUUCUCCUGGAGAAGAAGAAGAGUUCCUAAAUAGAGAAACUGAAGCUGCACCAUUAUUUAGUGUCAAGUCAUCCACUCUAAGUAGACUAAACCAUAGUGCAGAUAGUCUUAUUGAAACAGACCAGUCUUCUGCUCAGCCUUCGUCAGUGGAAACAUCUUCACUAAAUCGUUCUUCAUCAACUUCAUGUGACAGUUUCACCCAAGUAGAUAUAGACCCAUCAUAUCCUGCUUUCUGUGAUUAUCCUUUCUCCAACAUGUCAAGGGUAUAUCCCUUGAAAGCUUUCAAUAUUGAAAACACAUCUAGUCAGUCCUCAAAGUUGCCCAGGCCUAGUAUCCUCUCUUCAAGAGAGAGUAUUCCAUCAAAGAGAGAAAAAAGUCUUCCUGAAGUUGGACAGUCACCAUCCCAUCAACCUAUUCUGAAAAAUCCAAAUAUUAGGAGAGGUGAUUCAAGUAAAGUUUUUGAAGUAUUUCCACCUUCUGGUACAACUGAAUCAAUAAAUAGUGCUGAUACAAUACGAGACAUGGAAAAUUGUUUGAACAAUGAUCAAGCAAAAAAUGCUAAUCUAUCACCAAAUAUAUCUCCUGAAAAGUUUGUUGCAUUAACAGACAUGAUCCCAGCUAAAUUUGUGAGGAAGAACAGUCCUGUAAAAGAAGCUAUAAAAAGUAAAAAUAUUCCUGAAGAAGUAGCAUCAUGUAGAAUGUCUUCAGCAAAGCAUGAUUCUGUAGGUACACAAACAGAUUUGCCAAUAAAAUAUGCAGGAUUGAAACUUUCUCAGAAGCUGUGCUCUAAGGCUUUGAAACAAGAACUAAUCCAUGAGAAGAACCAGAAAAAACCAUUAGAACACAGAGUUGAGAAAACAAACGACAGCUCAAAAUUUCAAGACGCCUCUGCUAAGAGCAAAUGUAAGAUUCCAGAUUCGGUUAACAUACCUCUUCGAGAGCUUCAAAAUGGGAACCAAGUUCUUACAGAAUGCAGUGAAACUAGUCUUUCUCAUGAAGAAAGGAAGAGAGCCUCAGGUGAACAACAUAUGAAAGAUAAACUUAAUAAUAACUCAAUGACAAAAAAAUUAGAAAAAGAAAAAUGUAAGCAGCCUUCCAGUGAUAUUGCAUUGCCUGAAAGGAAGACUCUAAUUGGUCUUCAUUUUGAUCCUGUUGAAAAAAAGAUGACAUUAAGUAUUCCAUCUUCAUCUAAAGGCUUGAAACACUUCAACUUGCAGCAAGAAGAUAAUCUGGAAAACAAGAAAAAACAUAGUGAACCAGAGUAUGUUGAGACAACUGCUACAUCUAGCUUAGGCAGUAGACAAGCAAACAGAAAUAUUCCUUUCAAACGGCAGGAAACAGCUUCAGAUGAUAGUGAUGAAGAUGAUUAUGAUUCUGAGAAUUUGGCUGAGGCUCCUCUGAUAGAUGAGCAGGAAUAUUAUACAGAUGAUCCAGCUCUGGAAAAUGUCUCUCUCAUGAAUGAACAGGGUUUGACUGAUGCAGAAGGCGCUCUUAGUGAUUUGAAUUCAAUUUUUAAUGAUCCAGGACAUGAUGGAGACAUGGACGAUACCAGUAUAUCCUCACGAGCAAGUAGUCGUAUGUUUGACAGUGACCAACUAUUAAGUAUUGAUUCUUUAAACAUUGUGUAUGACUCAGAAUAUGACAACUACCGGCCAGGGCUAAUCAGUGAUGACGAUUUUUUUCAUCUGGAUCCAAUAAGUGAUUUGGAUCCAGAUUACUUGGAUGAUGCAAGUGUUGAAAAUAUCCAUUCUUUAACUAGUAGUAUUACAAAAAAUUUUGGACAGCCCUCUGUUAGUGAGAAUGAUGACAGUGAAGCUGAGUGAUACAUAAAUUUGAAAUUGUCAGUGGAUUUUUCUCUAAAGAAUCACCAAUGUGCUUUGUCAAAAAAAAAGUAACAAACUGGACUUAACUGUCGUUACUGUAAGUGGUCAAUAUGAUAAUAAUAAGCUAUUUUGAAGUUUUGUAGGUGCUAAACAAGCGUGUAUGAUAACUUUGAAAAGAAAUAUAACCAUACUCUGUAACAUAGUUACAACCAGUAGAUGUAGUAUCAACUGUGGUUCACUAGCUAUAUAUAAAAUAGUUUUUUAGUAUCAGUAGUAGUAGUAGUGCCUUUGAUACAAUACAAAGUACUUCUUUAGUUGUGGUGGAAUUUCUUUUUCCACCAAUAUAAUGAUGAUUUUGUAUGUUGAGCUAGUUUGUUGUGGUUUAUUUCACACUACAUAUGUCUUGAAUCUUAUUUACACAUUUUCUCAAAGAGCCGAGAGAUACAUUCAGCUCAUGAUCAAAAUAAGGAAGGUGUUGUAGUAAUAUACA